GGAGAACGACUUUUUCAUCUCAGGCAGGAGAGGAGGAGCGCCCAGGAUUACGCGCUGGAGUUCCGGACCUUGGCAGCCGGAUCUGGGUGGAACGACAGGGCCCUUAUGGACCACUACAGGUGUAGUCUCCGAGAGGACGUCCGCCGGGAGUUAGCGUGUCGGGACACCACUCUGUCACUGGAUCAGCUGAUUGACAUGUCCAUUCGACUGGACAAUCUGCUGGCUGCCCGCGGGCGUUCAGAGAGGGUCCUGUGCGUUCCACCACCCAGCCCCUCCGCUCCCAUUCCGAUGGAGUUGGGAGGGGCUGCGCCGAGGGGUACCGGAGGAGGAGGCCUUCCCUGCACCAACUGUGGUCGGAGAGGACACACGUCUGAUCGGUGCUGGGGGGGUCCGUCUGGGAGUAGAGAUGGCAGGCGGAACGCUUCUCGAUCAUCCCAGUGUGUGUUGGGGUACCAGCCGGUCCUGGCACCAUGGCAUCCGAGCCAGACCGAGGCUCCUGCGGUGGAGGAAUGGGUACAGCGCUCCAAGGAGACCUGGAGGGCCGUCCAGGAAUCUCUACAACAAGCGAGUGGACGGCAGAAGAGGAGUGCUGACCGCCACCGCAGUGAGGCCCCCGUGUUUGUACCGGGGGACAGGGUCUGGCUCUCGACCCGAAACCUACCUCUCCGCUUGCCCUGCCGGAAGCUGGGUCCGCAGUGUGUAGGGCCCUUUAAAGUCCUGAGGAGGAUAAACGAGGUGUGUUAUCGAUUACAACUCCCUUCCUAUUAUCGUAUUAACCCCUCGUUUCAUGUGUCUCUCCUCAGGCCGGUGGUAGCUGGUCCCCUGCAGGACAGUGAGGUGCUGGAGGUCCCUCCCCCCCCUCUGGACAUCGAGGGGUCCCCGGCGUACACGAUCCGGGCCAUUCUGGACUCAAGACGCCGGGUGAGGGGCCUGCAGUACCUCGUGGACUGGGAGGGGUACGGCCCGGAGGAGAGGUGCUGGGUACCGGUGGGGGACAUCUUGGAUCCAUCCAUGUUGAGGGAUUUCCAUCGCCUCCAUCCGGAUCGCCCUGCACCUCGUCCUCCGGGGCGACCUCGAGGCCGGUGUCGGCGCGCAGCGGGAGCCGCGCGUCAGGGGGGGGUACUGUCACGAGUGGCGCUCGGCGGUCGUCAUCACCGGCCUAUUAGCUGCCACUGAUUGUCUUUCCUCCCCCUCCUUGUAUGUUUAUUGGUAGCACCUGUUUAGGUAUGAUUAGUUUGUCUUUAUUAGACAGCCGGCCCGCCUGGUUGUUGUGCGGGAUUAUUUCAGUGUAACCUUCGGCUCUGUUGUAGAGGUACGUGUUAGUGCCUGGUCGUGACUUUUCCGUUGUACAUUUUUCAUUCC